GCAAAGCUCCGCAACGGACCAAAAUCUCUCCCUCUCUCUCUCUCUCUCUCUUUCUCUCUCAUAUUCCAGAAGCGAGACCACCCACUAUCUGUGCACCACAAUUGGUGGGCAGGCUCGAUCCUUCUUAUCCUCUCGCCGGCGACCGUCGGAUAAGCGGCCGGCCGGCCGCAGAUCGCAUUUGAUCUGGCUUUUGAUUUCGACUCAACUCGUACAAUUUCGUCUUUUUUCUUUGUCUCCCUAAGUAGGAUUGAUGGACUUCGACGACCAGGAGGAGGAAGGGGAGGUGACGCUUCCGCCACCGGUGUCGGUCUCCGGCAGCUACGACCUGUCCAGGCUGAAGAUGGUGCCGCCGACGUGCGGCGAGUCGCAGCCAAGGAAAGCGAGGUACAAGGAGUGCAUGAAGAACCACGCUGUCGGCAUCGGCGGGCACGCCAUCGACGGGUGCGGCGAGUUUUUGGCGGCUGGGGAGGAGGGCACCCUCGACGCCCUCAAGUGCGCCGCCUGCAAUUGCCACCGGAACUUCCACCGGCGGGAGGGCGACGGCGAGCUGUACGCUCAAUUCCCUCCUCCUUACUACCGGGCGGCCGCCCCGCCGGCUCUUGGCGGCGGGGCUGGUAGUGGGUACCUUCAUAUGGGGGCUAGGGGGAGCCCCCACCCUCUGGCGCACCACCACCCUCAGCCGCUGCACAACCACCACGGGCACGGUCAGGCGCUGGCCCUCCCCUCCUUGAGGGAUGACCACGACCAGGAGGAGAUGGUGAACCACCACCCGGUUGGCAGCGGCAGCGGGGGAGCCGGCGGCGGGGCGCUGAUGAAGAAGAGAUUCAGGACGAAGUUCACGCAGGAACAGAAGGACCGGAUGCUGGAGUUCGCGGAGAAGCUGGGGUGGCGGAUACAGAAGCACGACGAGGCGGCGGUGCAACAGUUUUGCAUGGAGACGUGCGUGAAGAGGCAUGUUCUCAAGGUGUGGAUGCACAAUAACAAGCACACACUCGGUAAGAAGCCCUGAUGAUCAGAAACUCUAGAGAGAAAAACAAAGAGAAAGGAGAGGCGUUCGCCUGUGUCUUGUGUGUAUAUCUUUCUGUGAUCUCCAUGUUUAGAGGAUGGGUGGUAAGGUUUUAGAUGGUACUGUUGAUUAUGUCUGUCUAGAAAUUUGAAUGACCCUUUUUCUUUUCUAGUUUUAUUCUCCCUCCCUCAGUCUUUUGCCUUCACAGAACUGGUCUUUGAAAUUUUGGGCUGUCUGCUGGAAUGGUGGUUGCAUCCUGACUGUGUUAGGGGGAGAGAAGAAGAGAGAGAAUGGAAAAUGACAUUUGGGGUGUUAGGUAUUCUGUGUUAGGGUUUUAGGGUUUUAGGGGUUUAGGGUCUGAGGGUGGUGGAGUUGCAUUAACCUCAGUCUGUGAUGGCGCUCAUGGAGCUGACCAUUGACUGAAGAAAAAGAUUGUAAUCUGUUGGGGUUGCUCCCUUAAUUUGAACAUUUUCUUUAUCCA